ACACUGUAUUAUAGUGUAGAGUAGAGUACAGUACAGUAUUGCCGCUAAAACGAUAACAUUAUUGAAUCCCCUAUUUGUUGACACAAUGGAUACACCAGUUGUCUAAAAAUAUUGUACCUCUACUUUCAAUGCAAUCAUAUAUAACGUUAUGGUAUUGUAGGGAAAGGGAUAGCUAUUGGUAUUACUAAUAUUGUGAGUGUUUGUGACUAUACUAUCAUUAGUGUUGUCUGUAUUGAGGGUUGUAUUGAAUAUACAAAUCAAAACAUAGUAUAAAUGAGUGUAACUUUAGUGACGUCUGAAUAGUAAAGCAUUUGUUCAUUAAUGAGACAAAUGGCGGACCAAUUGAUCGACCAAUUGAUCGCUCACUUCGGCCGACGAUUUGAUUGUUUUCAUCACUUAGUGAUCGCUAAUAAACGCGUCAACACGUGAAACACAAGUAACGCGUGUGAAGAGACAAUGCAGACCAUUGAAUAUGAUCUCAACGUCUCCGGAGGUCUUAUGCCUCAAAUCAACGCUUUGACGGCUCCUCCGGCUAGUGAAGAGUCGACGCGAAAGAAGAAACUGAAGAAAACAAUGGCCAGACAGACACCGAUCAGCAACGACACCAACAAUAAUAGCAAUUACAACAAUAGUCGGCCAAUGCUUUCGCGGCAAACAAAGACAGGCAAAGCACCAAAUCAUGAAUAUUGCGAUUCAUGUCGUGAGGGCGGAGAUCUGCUUUGUUGUGACCGCUGUCCAAACGCUUUUCAUCUUCAAUGCCAUGAUCCACCACUCGAUGAGGAGGAUGUACCACAAGGUGAGUGGUUAUGUCGUAAAUGCAAACAAUUGGUCAAAGAAGAGGUCGACGAAUCUGACGAGGAGAGCGAUGAAUCGGAAGAAGUACUUGAAAGCAAAGACAAUAUUCAAAAGCCAUUCUCAUUAUUGAUAAGAGCGGCGCAAACAUUGAAUCCCAAACAGUUUCAAUUGCCUAACGAUUUAAUGCCAUCGAUUCAAUUGGUCGGAACUUCAAGGAGAGGUAAUAACAAAAAUGGAAAGAAACAGAUCCAUGAAAUGGACAACAAUAUAGUGGCAUUUCCGGUAAAAUUGUGUUAUCAGUGCUCAAAAAGUUGUCGAAAGGCGCCAUUAAUUCAGUGUGAUUACUGUCCGCUAUUGUUUCAUCCCGACUGUCUGGACCCACCCCUAACAGUGUUGCCAACCGGACGCUGGAUGUGUCCAAAUCAUUCACAACAUAUAAUUGAACAAAAACUAUUAGAUUCUGUUAGUUUAAGUGAGCGAAUCAAACUCUGGGAUCAGUUUUCAGGUUCUGUAUCACACGAUGUCAUCCAAAUGGAGUUUUUUAAGAAAGUGCAUCGAGUGAGUCCACCAUUUCGUACGAAAAUAGGUUUACCAAUCAAUAAUAAAGUAGUAGUUCCCGAAGCAAUUAAACAAAUGUACAAAAUUCGUCCCUCACUUCUACCAAAUUCUAACCAAUUGGCACUUAAAAUGGAGAACAAUGAGUGCCUCACAGCUUCUAAAAAUGAUAGACCAACUGCUGAACAACAAGAGGAAUGGCUCUCGAGUUUGAUUGCAUUUCAAUCAAGUGUUGCACAAUACCUGAGUUCAUCAAAAUGUACUAAUAAUAAGCCCAACUCAUCCAUUGCCAUCUCUUCAAGCAAAGACAUUAGUGAUUUAAACAGUAAAUUGACUGAAAACUCUGUGAAAAUCAAUUCUCAUACUUCAAUGAAUGGUCCGAUAGAUCAAUCAUUUGAAGAUAAUAUCUCUCUAAAGAAAGACACAAAUAGUGAUCUAAGAAAGGAUACGAGUAGUGAUAAAAAUAAUAAUAAUAAUAAUAAAGAGUUCAUUCAAAUGAAUGGUAAUAUAAGCUGUUCAUCGCCAGUAUCUUCUGACAAACGAAUCUCUAUUUCAAACAAUCAUUUUAAUGCAAUCGCUAUACAAAACAUAGAGAGUAUUGCAGACUUAAGUCGAUUGGACGACAUUAUAGUCCGACAGUUAGCUUAUCAGCGGAUACAACAAAUACGUGACCAGAAAGCUAUUGACGUAAAUCAUAAUAUGAAUGUCAUACAGAACCAGAGUUCACUAUCAUCUUCAUCAUCGACAACACCAUCAUUUCAGACAACAAUUCGUAGAAUAGGUUUAAAUGAUGUCAGAGCUCGAGCUGUUUUAUGUCCAAUUCUUAUUAAAUCGAGUACAGGAUCAUCAAAUGGUCCCACUAUUGUCAUGUCUUAUCGGACAUUAACAAUCGGUACGAGUUGUGACAAUGAUGUAGUAUUAGGUGAUUACGGGCACUGCAACUAUGUGUCGCCCAAACACGCGUCCAUUUUUUAUGAUGAAACGUCACACAAUUAUGAGCUGAUAAACUACUCAGAACACGGAACUACUGUCGACAAUGUCUUGUAUUCGUGUGAUUUCUCGGACAAGAAAAUUCAUAAUACAAAGCACAUCAACUCUCAUACUGUUUCAACGGUUAAAGAUUUGAUUGAUAAUAAAAAGAGACGAAAGUCUAUACAAAAUAAUAAGAAAAUAAAAAAUUCUGACAAAGAGUCGAGUCCUGAGAAGAGAAAGCCAAACACAAAUGGAAACAAUAAUAAUAAGAAGAGAAAGACUACUAAAAUUGAAUCGACAGAAGAAAGCGCACAAAAGGACAACGAUUUCAAAACAAAUAAAAUUAUUUUCAGAAAGGAUUUCGACUCUGAAAACAUUGAAAGGGUUACCAUCCAAACAAAAAGCCCACUGACUAUGAGUUCCCGUUCCGGACAAACACAUAAGCCCUGCGCUUGUAAGGCAAGCUGUUCGUCACUUAUUGGACCCAAUGGUGCCGGUUGGGAAGGAACUGCACUUCUACAUCAUGGAAGUCACAUCAAAGUGGGCUGUAAAGAGUUUAUAUUUAGUAUAACCAAUAACGGCAUUACUCAAACACAAACCAACUCAUCGAUAUCCUCUUCACCUAAGAAUGCCAUCAAAAUAGAGAAAUGACAUCAAUUGGACUCAUAGUUAUGUUAUUUCUUGAUUUUAAUACACAAUACUUAUCGUACAAAUCAUAAAUGAAAUGAUGGCACAACACAUGUAUAGGAAAUAUGUAUUUUUUACCAUAAACCUAGUCUUGAGAUGAAAAAAAUCACUAGCAUUUGUGACAAAAUGGGAAUUGAUUUGACUUUUAAUUUAUUAUUAUUAUAAAUUAAAUUUACUCAUGAAUAUGAUAUAAGAAUAAUGAGUUAAAUUUGGUGUAAAUAAUAUUGUAAUUGUUGUAUAAAA